CUGGGGAAGGAAAGCAGAUACUUUCGUCAAGCGAAGGCACAAGGAAAUGCUGGUUGAAUUUCUAAUCUAUUUUGGAGAAAUAUACUCUAUAAAGACAGGUAGGGUAGGCUACUUAUAAACCAGUUUAUUUUUGUAUCGCGUAAAGUAAUAAGACGUUGGUUAAAACGACGUUAUAAGAUAUAUAUUGGUGAGGUUUGAUUUCGUCAUUAUUCAGUUCAACGAUUGAUAACUUCAUGGCUUUGAUCGCAACUGAUACUGAUCGUAGCUGCAAGUUGAACGGGUCGUCGACAAUUUACGGUAGGAUUGGCACAAGACAAGGCAAGGCAAGCAGAACCGGUAAAAUGCAGCCCAAAGACACGGAAUAUUCAACAGAUGGGUUACCCAAAGCGUUUUUACACAGUUUGAGGACAAUCUUUGACAUCCUUGAUGAUGGGAAGAGAGGGUAUGUGCACAUAUCAGAGAUUGAGAGUAGAUGGCAAGGGGCAGAUACUCAUGAUUUGCCUGGCGGGGUUAUGGAGUGCCUGAGGCGGGUGGCCCCACGGCAUGGUUGCCUGACAUUUGAGCGCUUCGUGGCGGGACUGCGACACUCCAUGUUGAACCCGGACAACAAUAGCCACAUAAAGGCUCAGGCUUCACUGCACCCGAAACAAGCACUCAUGCACUCCAAACAGCACCAUCUGCCAGCGCAAAAACCUGCCCCGCUCUCUCCUUGCUCUGUCGGAACUCGGAUUGAAAACAAAGUUCGUCCACUGGGUCCAAGCAACGGGACCAAUACGCAUCACAACCGCGCGUCCUCACUUCAGAGUCGGUCCAGACAUGAAGAGGGGAACACUGCAUACCCACCAGUCACCUCUGUCGUAGGUGGUCCCAUGCGCUACACCAAUGCGUGUUAUGAGAGAACAGGCAGAAGUUUGGAACGGAUAACCAUUGUGCCCGAAAGCGGUUCAUAUCGAGCUGAUUCGGUUUGGUUGGGGAAGCAGGCGCAUCGACAGCAGAGUCGGGUGAGGUCCAUAGAGUCCCUUGCUCUCGAGUCACCAAGCCUCCAAAAACCAAGUAUUGUGGAGGCUGGUUUACCGAGGUCCCAGAGUGAGUCAGCCACGGGAUUCACUGCCUCCAGACGCCAUGGGCGAAGCCGAGAUGAGCAGAGACGCCACACCAUCACCAACGGGGUGGAUUACGGAAUGCUGAAGCAGAUGAAGGAGUUGGAGCAGGAGAAGGACUCUCUGCUGGCUGGUCUGGACGUGUUGGAGCGGUCUAGAGAGUGGUACCAGACCCAGAUCCACAACGUCACAGAGAGACAGAGACACGUGGGCCAAAGCAACCACUGCACGGAUUUCUUCACAGAAUCCCAGAAUCAAAGCCGUAUGAAUGUUCUACUUCCCAAGCUGCAGGAAGUCAACCGCUGCCUUAAUGACCUCAUUUCCUGCUCUGGAACGCAGUCUUUCCCAUCCUCUGGCACCCAGCCCACAGUGAUCUCCUCCAGCUCCCAGCCUCCUGCCCCCCCACAAGCCAUUCAAAGACUAAAGGACCAGAACCGCCUUCUCACCCAGGAGGUGACUGAUAAGGGUAAGCGCAUCACUCAGCUGGAGCAGGAGAAGUCUGCUCUGAUCAAACAGCUGUUUGAGGCUCGCGCCCGGAAUAUACACGACAGCAGCACCAUGGACUCCACCUUCAUCUGAAUACAGACACCAUAAUGCAACCACACUGGUCUCCAGCUCUAUCUGACCCCCACUCACAACAUGACAACUGUAUCAGCUCCAACACUCCUACUGGAUUCCACACCACUUCUGGCAUGAUGAAAGCACCUUGAACUUUGACCC